AGGUUCCCAGUGAGACUUACUGCCAGCCACAGCCAGCAUAUUCGAUCCAGUCUAACAAGACAUCAAUAAGAUUAUCGCAGUGACAGAUAUUGGAUUACCUUAUCAGUAUAACAGAAGGUGGGAGAAGUGAUCUGGUGACAAGAGGAUGUGGACCUUGUACAAAAUAUUAAUUUUCUCUUACCUCACAACAGAAAUUUGGAUGGAAAAGCAAUUUGUGUCCCGGAGAGGUACAAACCUACAAGCUUAUUCAACUGGGAAUUUCACCGAUUUGGAAAGAACAAGAUUUAAAAGAGCCCUUUACAAGGGACAUUACUGUAGGACUCGUGGUUGUUGUGAAGACAGAAAUGAUGACUGUGUAACUCAUUUCUAUGAGGCAAAUGCCAUGUGUUACUGUGAUAAAUUCUGUGAAAGGGAAAAUUCUGAUUGCUGUCCUGAUUACAAGUUCUUUUGCCAAGGAGACAAUCUGUAUCAAAAAGGUUGCCUCAGAGAUGGUCGACAUUAUGAGGAAGGAUCUGUAAUUAAAGAAAACUGCAAUGACUGCACAUGCUUCGACCAAGAAUGGAGAUGCUCCCAUCAUGUAUGCCUUGUUCGUCCAGAAUUAAUUGAAAACAUCAAUACUAGAGAUUAUGGUUGGACGGCUCAUAAUUACAGUCAAUUCUGGGGAAUGACUUUGGAAGAAGGCUACAAAUUUCGCCUUGGCACCUUGCCUCCUUCUCCUACACUUCUGAGCAUGAAUGAAAUAACAGUCACUUUGCCUUCAAAGAUUGAUCUUCCAGACUUUUUUAUCUCUUCCUACAAGUGGCCUGGAUGGACUCAUGACCCACUGGAUCAAAAAAACUGUGCUGCAUCCUGGGCAUUUUCCACUGCAAGUGUGGCAGCUGAUCGAAUAGCAAUUCAGUCCAAUGGUCGCUAUACAGACAAUCUAUCCCCUCAGAAUUUGAUCUCUUGCUGUGUCAGGAAUCCGCAUGGAUGCAAAGGAGGAAGCAUUGACAAAGCUUGGUGGUACCUGAGAAAACGUGGGUUGGUAUCUCAUGCAUGCUACCCACUUUUUAAGGACCAAAUCUUCAACAACAAUGGCUGUAACAUGGCAAGUCGAUCUGAUGGACGGGGUAAAAGGCAUGCCACAAAACCAUGUCCAAACAACAUAGAGAAAUCUAAUCGAAUAUACCAGUGCUCUCCUCCAUAUAGAGUCUCUUCCAAUGAAACUGAAAUAAUGAAAGAAAUCAUGCAGAAUGGGCCAGUACAAGCAAUAAUGCAAGUCCAUGAAGAUUUCUUCCAUUACAAAACAGGAAUAUAUAGACACGUCAACAGCAUAAAGGAUGAAUCAGAAAAAUACAGAAAUCUACGCACACAUGCAGUCAAACUCACUGGAUGGGGGGUACUCAGAGGAGCACAAGGAAGAAAAGAAAAAUUUUGGAUUGCUGCCAAUUCCUGGGGAAAGUCAUGGGGAGAGAAUGGUUAUUUCAGGAUUCUUCGUGGUGUGAAUGAGUCUGACAUUGAAAAGUUGAUUAUCGCUGCUUGGGGCCAUUUGACGAGUUCAGAUGAACCAUAACAUAUCAUUAAAUUUGCUUAAUGCCCUGCAUUUAAGUAAACCCCUUAAAAUGAGGUUUUGCAACUUGAGGCUCCCUGUAACAAUGGAAUGUAUAUGUCCUAACCUGUGA